AUGCUGAAGGUCAAGGUGAUGCACCUCAAGGCCGCCCUCCAUGAGGCCGAGGACAAGAUUGAGACUGCUCAGGAUGUGGGUGAGGAUCUCCGUAUGGAGAAUACCGCACUCCUGAGUGACGACGAUGACUACAUGGAGGAUGAGGGGUACAAAUGGUACGGGAAAGACAAGGAUGAGGAUCAGGAGGACCUUGCCUUCAUCAACAACGAACCGGAGGACCCCGAGCCCCUUCCACGCCAGGAGUCGACGGUUGAGGAGGAGGAUGACCCUGUUGAGCCCCCUAUGGUUGAAACUCGCCAUGGCGGUUCUGGAAGCCAGGACGACCCUUCACCCCCACCUAAUCCCAACAUGGCCCAGAUCAUGGGCCUUCUAAUGGAGGAUUGCCAAGAAGAGUUCACCACUAAGUUCCGCAAAGCCCACAUCCCCACUGGACUAAUCAAGAUGAAAAGAGAUGAGUUCUUCAACCUGAAGUACGCCCCUCAUGACACCGACACCGACGGGAAGAAGCGAGACCGUUUCCUUAAUGGUCUGCAUGAGGAGAUCCAUAGCAUCCUGGUGGCUGUUCCCUAUCUGGACCUGGAAGCGCUGGUGGAUGCUGCCAUCAUGGUUGGAUCAAAGCGCAAGGCCGCCUAUGAGACCCGCAAGCGCAAGAUGCAGUAG